CCACGUGCCGCCGCCGCCGCCUCCUCCUCCUCCUCCUCCUCUUCCUCCUCCUCCAGCCAGAAAGGUUGACUGCUGUGAGAUGUGAUGAAGUAACACAGCAGCUAACCUUCCUCUGUGUAGCGCGACCUUCCUUGAUAUUUAUAGCAGUUAAAGAGGACGAUGGAGGUUCUCCCCCCCCCCUGAGUGCUGCUGUAAUAUUUACGAUGAAGGAAAGCAGACGGCUCUGCUCUGCUGGACGGAGCCUCAGUGGCUUCUUCACUGCCUCCAUUAAAGCGUCUUGUCCAGAGCUGCGUUUCCCUGCAGAGUGGGAACAUGGAAGAGUUCCAGCUUCCUCCAGAGACACGUGCGACGCUGUCGGCGUCUCGGGAGAAGAAGCCAGUUCAGAAACAUCGAGUCUGCUUUCAGUCACCGAGACUUUUUCACUAAACGUUGGCAGUGUCGGAAAAAAACCUUUCUCAAGUACAAGCUGGAGUUCCAGCAGCUGUGAAGAGAAGUAAAGGACCUCCGACCAGCACGCCCACCAAGAGCUCGGAGCUCAGCGGCGAAGAAAUGCCGAAGAAGAGGAGGAGGAAGAUGAGCGACAAAGAGCAGGAAACAGUUGUUCCUGCAGCCCCACGUCACACUGAACCCACCAGGUCCGAGGCGAGCGACGAGUCUGACGGCUUCACCGUGCAGGGGGACGAGGAGGGACGAGGAGGAGAGACACCUGCAGCUGACAUGAACACCACAACACUGACUGAUGCGACCAGCCCGGCCGAGGACAAGAAGUCCAAACAUGGAGGACAACAGACUCGACUCAGAACGGCGUGUCCGUACGGGAAGGACUGCUACAGGAAGAACCCGGUCCAUUUCCAGGAGUGCAGUCACCCCGGUGACACCGACUACGAGGACGAGGAGGAGGAGGAGGAGGAAGACGAGGAGGAGGAGGAGAAGCCCGAGUGCCCCUACGGCACCGACUGCUACAGGAAGAACCCUCUUCACAGGAGAGAAUACAAACACACAAAGAAAGCAGUUCGCACUACGCGAACCGUCCCCAAAAAGGCUGACGACGAAGGCGACGAAGGGGACGAGUAUGACGACAGCUUCAUUAACGACGACAGCGAGGACGCGGGCGAUGACUCGGACUACGAGCCUCCCGUGUCGGAGGACAGCGGUAAAGAGGACAUCGCAGAACUGCAGAAGGAAGCAAAGACCUUCGUGAAGAGGAGGAAGUAGAUCUCCUUCUUCUUUGUGUCGUGUGUGAUUGAAUCCUGCAGGAAACCCGUGUUUCAGUCUCUACGUCCUCUCAGCUUUCAGCGCCGUUAAUGCUCGACAUCAGGAACUUAACAUGAACUAAAGGCGGGGGUCAAUCAGCUUCCUGUGUCUCGUAAUCUGAGGCCGAGCGUCAGUCAGCUUUGUCCUGCUGCAACUAGCCCGCAGCGCUGACGCAGCCUCGGCGCGGGACUCGUGAAGCGUUUGUUUCUGACAAAUGUUAGCCGACCUGAGGGACGCACGCCUUGAUGAAAGCAGUUCAAAAUAAGUCUGUCGUUGUUGCUCUUUCCCCGGUCGUCUGGAUUAAGAGCGUGGAGCUCUGGCCUCUCGUCUUGCUUCCAGCCGCCAACGUGCAGAAGCUGUCAGGUGUCCUCUGCAGGUGUCGCCAUGGUAACCUCAAACACAACAGUGCACCACCUCGGUGAAUCAGGCUGAUUAAAUAUAAUAGGUCUUUGAAUGAAAACAUCCCUCGCGCCCUUUUAAAAUGCAAAUUUCUAUAAUAUAUCUGGUUGUUUACUGAAGAUGCAAAACACACAUGUUGACGAGUCAAGUGUUCAUCUGUGUGUCUGAUCAGCUGCACGGAUCCAAAGCGCUCGUUUCACUUCAGGUGAAGCUCCAUAAAUAUGUAUAUAAAUAUCUGUAUGUAGAUCUCUCUCAAUUGUUUCUCUAAUGUGUUUCUUUUUGCUUCCUUUAAAUACAUUUGAUGAA